AUGAAGUGGUCUUUGUUCGCUCACAGCAUCCUUUUCGUUGCCGCCAUCCCAUCAUUGGCGCACGGACAUGGCCCUGAAUUACGACGCAGACAAUCUCCCCCGGCUCCUUCUACUCAGCCAUGGAACUACCCCUCCCAAUUCAUCCUCAGCAAGAACUUCACCAUCACACCAACGCCCACUACUCGCUACUAUGAGUGGACUAUUUCACAGCAGACUAUUGCGCCAGAUGGACUGGAGCGUCCUAUGCUGCUUGUCAAUGGAAUGUUUCCUGGUCCUUUGGUCGAGGCCAAUACUGGGGACCGAAUUGUUGUCAAGGUCACCAAUAAACUCAACAAUGGAACUGCGGUUCACUGGCACGGCAUGUUCCAGAAUGGUACCAACUGGAUGGAUGGCAGCACAGGCGUGACCCAAUGUCCAAUCCCACCAGGACAUAGUUUCACAUACAACUUCACUGUCCCUAAUCAAUGGGGAACCUACUGGUGGCACGCCCAUGCCGGGUCUCAAUAUGUCGAUGGCAUUGUCGGUCCAUUGAUUAUUCACAGCCCAAAUGAACCUCAUCUCGAUCAGUACGAUGAGGAUAUAAUCAUGAUGAUUUCUGACUACUACCACAAUCCAUCCGGACCACUCGCCGCCUGGUAUCUUACCUCCGAGAGUGAAGGCACGGAGCCUGUUCCUGACAAUGGACUGAUCAACGGUCGCAACUCAUUCAACUGCUCCGCUGGACUAAAAUAUAGAAUCCGCCUCAUCAACUCGGGCGCCUUUGCGGAUUUCCAGUUCUCGAUCGACAACCAUACUCUCACGGUCAUUGAAGCCGAUGGCGUGGACAUGCAACCGGUCGAUGUACAGAGAGUCCCUAUCCAUGUCGCUCAGCGGUACUCAGUUAUUGUACAAGCGAAUCAAGCUAUCGGAAACUAUUGGAUUCGCGCAGCCAUGAACACCAACUGCUUCAAUGUUGACAACGGUGCCCUGAAUCCCAAUACCACAGCCAUCGUCCACUACGAAGGUGCGUCUAAUUCGCAGCAGGCGGAUACACAGGACUGGGGAUCCAAGCCCUGGCCUGGACGGUGCCUGGACUUGACAUCGGAGAUGUUGAAGCCAUUUUUUGCCCGAGAUGCUCCUCCUGCGGAUGUGCAGAUCAUUCUGGAUAUGUCUUUUCAAACAAUCACCAAGAAGCACGUCAGUCUCGGAUAUGUGAACGAGACAUCGUGGGUGCCGCUAAAGAAGGCUGCAACUCUUUUCCAGGCAAACAAAGGAAAAACAACGUUUGCUUCAUCCCAGUUAGUCAUCACCUUGAACCAGACCCAGACUGUCGAACUUGUAGUCAACAACUACGAUGAAGGAUCGCAUCCCUUCCAUUUGCAUGGGCAUCAAUUUUACGUUGUUGGUUCGGGUCAAGGUAGAUACAUGCCCGGCAGGUCUCCAUUGAAUGCGACGAAUCCUCUCCGUCGCGAUACUGUGACUCUGCAAACAUAUGGAUAUACAGUCCUCCGCUUUAUCAACGACAAUCCAGGCAUGUGGGCGUUCCACUGCCACAUCGACUGGCACAUGCAGGCAGGGCUUAUGAUGCAGUUCCUGUCGCUGCCUAGCGCUGUUAAGGUAGGCCAAAGGACUUUUCGACAUCUUUUUUUGUUUGUUUGUGCUCUUGGAGGAGCACAGGCAUUAACUGUUCUAUUUUUUUCAUGUUUUAGGCAUUCAAAAUCCCUCCAGAGCUCAAGGCAAUGUGUUCGGCAAAUUGACCAAGUAAAGUGUAAACGCGUGAGUUCAAACAAGAGUUGUCUGGUCAAUCGCACAAAAUAAACCUUACCGUGCCAUCCAUGCGGCUCUCGCCAAAGAAUUAAAGCGGAGGUAUCCACGAACAGCUAUAUGCUCUGACUUUUUGACUUCAGUGCUUGCGAUACGUGCCAUUUGAAGCGAGGAGCCCUCUUAUCAAUCCGACGCGGUCUGAAAGCUCUUCAAC